AUGUUUGCGUUUAAUGGGAGCUAUGGCCCUCCUUUCUCCUUCAUCCUGCUGGGUGUUCCUGGUCUUGAAGCCUCUUACCAUUGGAUCUCCAUCCCACUCUCAUCAAUGUAUGUUGUGACACUGUUAGGAAACAGCACCAUGUUGUAUGUUAUCACAACAGAGCAGAGACUCCACAAACCCAUGUACAUCUUUCUCUGCAUGCUGGCCACCAUAGACCUGGUCCUGUCCUCCUCCACCCUGCCCAAGAUGCUUUGCAUAGCCUGGUUCCAAGCUGGAGAAAUCAGUUCCAAGGCCUGCAUGGCCCAGAUGUUUUUCAUACAUUCCUUCUCUGUCAUGGAGUCAACCGUGUUGGUGGCCAUGGCCUUUGAUCGUUACGUGGCCAUCUGCAACCCCCUGAGAUAUGACUCCAUCCUAACCACCCCACUGCUGAUCAAGAUUGGCACUGUGGUGGUCCUGAGAGGUACGAUCUUCAUUGCCCCUAUCAUCAUCUUAGUGGCACGCCUUUCAUACUGCAAAACCAACAUCAUUGCUCACACCUACUGUGAGCAUAUGGCUGUGGUGAAACUGGCUUGCUCAAGCAUCCUGGCCAAUGUGGUCUAUGGGCUUCUUGUAGCACUCCUUGUGGUUGGGGCUGAUCUGAUGUUUAUCGCCUUUUCCUACUGCAUGAUUACCAGGGCAGUCCUGGCCCUGCCAUCACGAGAUGCCCGCUACAAAGCCUUCAGCACCUGUGCAGCUCAUGUUGUAGUUAUCCUGGUGUCCUACACACCAGCCCUCUUCACCAUCCUGACACAUAGGUUUGGCCAUCAUGUGUUACCUCAUGUGCACAUUCUCCUGGCCAACUUCUACCUCCUCUUUCCUCCCAUGCUGAAUCCCAUUGUCUAUGGAGUGAAGACCAAGGAGAUCCGUGACCGAGUCACGGAGCGGGCCUACCAGAAGCAGCCCACCAUCUUCCAGAACAAGAAGCGGGUGCUGCUGGGCGACACCGGCAAGGAGAAGCUGCCCCGCUACUAUAAGAACAUCGGCCUCGGCUUCAAGACCCCCAAGGAGGCCAUCGAGGGCACCUACAUCGACAAGAAGUGCCCCUUCACCGGCAACGUCUCCAUCCGGGGCCGCAUCCUCUCCGGGGUGGUCACAAAGAUGAAGAUGCAACGCACCAUCGUCAUCCGCCGGGACUACCUGCACUACAUCCGCAAGUACAACCGCUUCGAGAAGCGGCACAAGAACAUGUCGGUGCACCUGUCUCCCUGCUUCAGGGAUGUGCAGAUUGGGGAUAUCGUGACGGUGGGAGAGUGUCGCCCGCUCAGCAAGACCGUCCGGUUCAACGUCCUCAAGGUGACCAAGGCUGCUGGCACCAAGAAACAGUUCCAGAAGUUCUAAAGGCUAUUUGUAGUUUUCUUUGUAUCAAUAAACAAAUGGGUGUGAUUUGAA